AUGGUAUCCUUCAGCACGCUCUUCGCAGCAGCGCCUUUGCUAGCUAUUGCUCUUGCGCAAAAGGUCGCUUUUACUUCCGUGCCAGCUUCGCUCGCUGCGGGAGAUAGCUACAACAUCACGUGGGGCAGUGGAGAUGGUACUCCAGUCAGUCUGACUUUGCGACGAGGAGAUCCAAACUACUUGAGCACCGUCGCGACUAUUGCCGAUAACGUAGCAGAAAGUUACUACGUCUGGAACGUGCCUACCACUUUGCAAGCUGCGGACGAUUAUGCUCUGCAGAUCACCCAAGGCCAGAGCGACAUCAACUACUCCGGCCUCUUCAGUAUCACUGGUGGCACUGGAGCAAACUCGACCAGCACAGCACUGGCCAGCACAACAAGCGCUUUUAGCAAUUCGAGCAUGAGCAUAACCACACCCGCAGCGAGUGCGUCAGGAACUGGCUCGACGAUGAUGCGCAAUACUACCUUCAGCACGGCUUCCUUGAGCACUACCAGUGCUUCAACAACCUCCGGAGAAACAAGCAGUACUCGCUCGUCCUCCACACGAACGAGCGCUGCUUCGACGCAAGCCACGUCAGCUCCUUCCAACGACGCUCCACUCAAGGCUGGCUCUUCUGCUGCUCUCAUCCUCGGCAUCGUCGCAGCUGUCAUGCUACACUAG